AUGGGUCUUGGUAAUACUAUUGUGGAAAAAAAUGAAUCCUCAAACCAAGACCGUGCCAAAGCUAUGAUUUUUCUUCGUCAUCAUUUAGAUGAAGGAUUAAAAUCAGAGUAUCUUACUGUUAAAGAUCCUCUUGUCCUUUGGCGAGAUUUGAAAGAAAGAUUCGACCACCUGAAGUUGGUCGUUCUUCCAAAAGCCCGAUAUGAUUGGCUUCAUUUACGGCUGCAAGAUUUUAAAUCUGUCAACGAAUAUAAUUCAGCCAUGUUCAGAAUCACUUCUCAAUUAUCAUUAUGUGGCAAAAAAGUCACUGAUAAAGAUAUGUUAGAGAAAAUAUUUUCUACUUUUCAUGUCUCUAACAUGCUCCUGCAGCAGCAAUAUCGAGAGAAGGGAUUUAAAAAAUAUUCUGAACUUAUUGCAUGUCUUCUCUUGACUGAACAAAACAAUGAAUUGUUGCUGAAAAAUCAUGAGUCCCGACCAACUGGUGCAAGUCCAUUCCCUGAAGCGAAUGCGACCCAAUUUCAAAAUUCUAGUCGAGGUCGUGGACGUGGCCGUAGAGGUGGUUGUGGAGGAGGCCGCGAACGUGGUCGUGGUCGUGGCCGUGGACGUGAUCGUAGUAAAUUUGUGCCCCGUGAAAAUUUUAACCGUGGCAAACAACAAAAUAAAGACAAAGGUGUUGAAACAAAUUUCAUUGAUCAAAAGAAUGACUAUGAUGAUGGUGAUGAUGCUGACAUGACACACCUCGAUGUUGCUGAUUUUUUUGAGCAUCCUGAAGAUGUCAACAAAUAUCCCAUGAUUAUUUAG